AUGGCCGCCAUCUCUCAGUCCACACAACCUACCACUACUCCUCACUCGCUUCCUCAAGCAUCCGCCGACCACCUAACAUCUCUCAAGCGCCCCUCCUCGUCUUCAUCUAAGGACUCUGCAGCCGUCCAAUCCACUCAUUCGAUCGCAGAUCCAGCUACAUCCCCUCCUGCUACAGCAGUACUCCUCAACACCCCCAAUCGCCUGAGCACCUUCAGCAAGAAUCGCCAGUCGACGCUCUCCCCCGUGUCGUCCAAACAGAAUCGCGGUGGGCUGUUCUCGUUGGCAGCAUUGGCUCUAGACAAGACCUCGAGUGCCAUUGCAAGCUUCUCCGAACCGUCGAUCCGAAAUCGAGCUUCGACCGGAAGUCUAUAUCGUACCGCACAGAAUUCUCCUACACGCGAACCGAACAAUAGCAGCACAUCUGCGCACACAGCUACGCGGCACAAUAGCACCAGGGACAAUAGCAACCCGUCAACGAGCCACCACGAUAUUUCUACCCCGACCGCAUUUCACAACAGAUCAGAAACGUUGAAUACAGUCACAACUCGAAAGUCUUUGCUUGAGACUAAUCCCCCUUCUCAGGCGUAUUCAAAUACAGCCUCUGAUACCCCUGCUCCCAUCGUUCUACCACAAUCAAACUUCAACAAGAUGCACCAAACUUCCUCGCGCUUGUUGCGCAUGACGUCUGAUGACAGACCGUUUACAAGAGAUUUCAAGGACCUUUUUGCAACUCUAGUUGUCAGCCUUCCACUUGCUCCUCAUCGCGUACGUCUAACGCGAGUUGAACACUCGUUCUUGUCAGAAGAAGCAAUAAACAACCUGGGAUCCCUCAAGUUCUCCCAGUCAAACCGCAUGCCAGAUCCUAAAGAUCCCUCCCGAAUCGUCACGACCACGACUACGACUACAUUUUCUAUGGCCCGUGAGAUGGCACGUUCUGUAUGCCAAAGAUUUUUGGAUGCAAGAUUCAUCGAGUCUGCGGAUGGCAAGCAAGCAAAGGAAUUUACAAUGAAAAGUUCGGUCUGGCAGUUAACCCCCAAAGGCAUUCAUGUCUUGGAGAGAUUCUGUGCGAAGAAUGGAAUUCAGCAGAAGCAUGUCACCGAACUCGUGAACUCUUCUAGGAACACAAUGCAACUAGUUAUUCUUGAGCGAGACUCGACGACAGAUAAACUCUCUUCCGACCGUAGUACGAUCGAAGUCAUUUUUCGAAGAUUUGUCGGUCAAAAUGGUCCAAACAUUAAGAGCAGCACUAGCUCUGCUGAUUCAGACUCGCUCAGUGAGUACAAGGAUGGAAUUGCAGGCGUGAGAAUGGCCAACGAGCGCAAAAUUGGGUCGCCUCCACGGACCAUGUAUCAAACAUUCACUGGAAAGGCUGCUACAGACUGGCUGAUGGAUUGUUGCACAACUGUGGACCGUAGAGAAACAGCCGAAAUUGCGACUCUCUUUCUGGAACAGGAGUUGAUUUGGUGUGUUCAGCAGGAUAGAGCUUAUCUGGCUCAAUUCUCGCCACAGGAAAGAGACAAGUCGGCAAUUUUUCAGCCAACGAAGCAUGGAAUUUACCAGAUGACACAAAAGGGGAAGGACGUCGUCAAUAUGACAUCUCGGGAGCGCACUUCUGAGGGCGGAGAAGGCUUGAACACAGCCGCGAGAGCUGGUGUAUCUCGGGACUCUAAUACUCAGAAGCUUGAUAAGAUAUUGAACGACCCCUCGCUCCGCUUACUCUUCCGAGAGAACCUGCGGGACACCCAUUGUGAGGAGAAUCUCUCAUUCUACCUUGACGUUGACGAAUUCCUUAAGUCGUGCAAAAUCGCGAUCAAGUCCAAUUCUCCAUCGAGAGGCAGUUCGGGAGGCAACCUAGACUCUGUCAAGGAGACCAUGGCCUCUGCAUAUGGCAUCUACAAUGCAUUUCUGGCCCCUGGUUCCCCUUGCGAGCUCAACAUCGACCACCUCUUGCGAAACCAGUUGGCAACCAGAAUGACCAAGGCAGUAGGACAGGACUCUGCGAUGAUCGAAAGUCUGAAGGAAGUCACCAAACUUUUCGAAGAAGCACAGUUAUCUGUUUUCAAGCUGAUGGCUAGCGACUCCGUUCCCAAGUUCAUGAAGAGCUCGAAGUACGAGCAGACGCUCAAGACUUACGACUUCGAUUCCAUCGCCCCCCGCAACAAUGCCUCCGGGGCACCCGAACGUAGCAUGAGCAGAUCAAAUCGGUAA